AGGCUGGGAAGUGCUGAGCCGCGCGUCAUGCCCUGCGCUGCCCAGACUAGCGAACAAUACAGUCAGGAUGGCUAAAGGUGACCCCAAGAAACCAAAGGGCAAGAUGUCUGCUUAUGCCUUCUUUGUGCAGACUUGCAGAGAAGAACAUAAGAAGAAAAAUCCAGAAGUCCCUGUCAAUUUUGCAGAAUUUUCCAAGAAGUGCUCUGAGAGGUGGAAGACAAUGUCUGGGAAAGUGAAAUCUAAAUUUGAUGAAAUGACAAAGGCAGAUAAAGUACGCUAUGAUCGGGAAAUGAAGGACUAUGGACCAGCUAAGGGAGGCAAGAAGAAAAAGGACCCUAAUGCCCCCAAAAGACCACCGUCUGGAUUCUUCUUGUUUUGUUCAGAAUUCCGCCCCAAGAUCAAGUCCACAAAUCCUGGUAUCUCCACUGGAGAUGUGGCAAAAAAGCUGGGUGAGAUGUGGAAUAACUUAAGUGACAGUGAAAAGCAGCCAUACAUCACUAAGGCUGCAAAGCUGAAGGAGAAAUAUGAGAAGGAUGUUGCUGACUAUAAGUCUAAAGGAAAGUUUGAUGGCACAAAGGGUCCUGCUAAAGUUGCCCGGAAAAAAGUGGAAGAGGAAGACGAAGAAGAGGAGGAAGAGGAGGAGGAGGAUGAAUAA